GAAAGUAGCCACUAUCAAAAAAUGGGUAUUUCCGUAUCAUCAUACGACUUAUAGCCUGGUCUGCUGAAUCGAAUUCAAGAAUCGUUACAAGUACUGUCUACCCUAUGGGCCUAGAUGCACAGUUUCUGUGUCAGUCUUGGCGAUGAGUGCGGGGUUCAUAUUAAACAACCUCCGCGAGGAGUUUAGCAGGCGGUGUUUAAUAGUGAGAGGCUUUCCACCUAACACGAACCAGCAAGUUGUCAACAGUAUUUUCCAGGGGCAAUGUAGUCGCAUUCAGCAAAAAGACGGAACGACGUGGCUGAUUUUGUUUCAUAAUCCACAACAGAUCGGCUUUUUUUUAUAUCCUGGAAAUGUCAUUGGUCCAGGAAAUGUUCCUUUACAAGUAACACAAAGCACUGUUUCUGACAUCCCUGACAGCUGGCUUCAGGAACAGGAUGACCAGAAUAAUCAAGCAGGGCUGUUGUCUCAAGGAAAUCCGCCGCAAGGGUAUUUAGCCUACCCAGGCCAAGGUAACCAGGGCAACACACUCUUUUCUCCACCCCCUACCUCCCAGGGACAGUACCCUCACAACAGUCAAAACAUUCCAUAUUUUCCUGGGCAUGGCCAACAGUAUAAUCCACCCACUGGGACGCCAAGCAAAAUUCCCCUUGGUGAUGGGCCCCAGGUGGUACCCACUGACCCAACAUCCUACAAAAGUCCCUUGGAGCCCACAUUUUAUAUGAAUUAUCCAAAUGUGUCCAUGCCAGGGCCACAAACGAGACCCCCUGACCACGCAUCCAACCAAAGUUCCUUUGAGCCCACAGUUUAUGCAAAUUUUCCAAGUAUGCCUGCAAUGCCAGGGCCUGUAAGCAGUGCUCCCCCUCCCUAUGAGAACCAUGACUUUGCUCCACAAGUUCCUCCCAGAAUUCCUGCCAGGAAGCCUGAGGCUGGAGGAGGAGGCGGAGGGGUGCAGAGCAGCAGUAUAGGGAGUGUUAUGAGGGGUUCUGAUGAUGCCGAUUCCAUGACACAAAGAAGGCAAGUGACCAUGGGUCACGGACAACACUUUGAUCCGAUGGCCCAGAAACAUCAAAUGAAUCCAACAUUAUAUCAGAACUACCCGUCGGGCGUGUCCAUGGCACAGCCUGUGACUAGUGCUCCUCCUCCGUAUGAAACACACUCCUUUAAUACGCCUCAACUUUUUUCCAAAUCUCCCAGCAAAUUAUCCCCGAGGGAGGCGAGAGGAGGUGGACAGAGUAGCAGUGUGGAAAAUUUAAACAAGAGUUCUGACUCUGCUCCAAUGGGUCAAAUUGCAAAAGAGGAAACGUCUGAUGUCAUCAGUAGUAUAGAAGUGUCCUCGUUGCCAAUAGACAUUACAGACGAUUUCAUCACUGACUUUUUCGAAAACUCAAGAAGGAGCGGAGGAGGAGAAGUGGAAGAUGUUUCCUAUGAUGAAAAAACCAAUACUGCCAUCAUCACAUUUAAAGAUCCUGCUGUGGUUAAGAGUGUUUUGAAAAAACAUGAAACAAAAGCCCUUACUAUGAAUGAAGUGCAAUUAAAAAUCGAAGAAUACCAUCCUAAAACAGACGAAAGUGAAGAUGAAGUAGAGGUCAUGGCAGUGAAGGUGACCAACUUACCGCCCAAAAUCAGUAAGGAGCAGAUUGAGCUGUUUUUUGAGAGCCGUAAAAAGAGCGGAAGUGGGAGUGAUGAUUUGGAUAAAGUGGAUUAUGACAAGGCAGCUCACUUUGCCAUUGUAUGGUUCAAAAAUUCUGAAGUGGUAGAAAAGGUUCUGGAAAAACACAGUACCUCACCCUUUAUGUUGAACAAACAGAAAGUAGAAGUAGAAGAAUAUCGCCCAGCUGCAGAUGAGGAUGAAAGCAGCUCAGAGGAAGAAGAGGAAGGGGGAGGGGCAAUCAAGGUCACCAAGAUACCACCUGAAACCACAGAGGAGGAGAUUCUCUUAUUUUUUGAAAACCGCAAAAAGAGUGGUGGAGGAGAUGUGGAAAAAGUGGAGUAUGAUAAGUCUACCCACACUGCUGUUAUCUGGUUUAAAGAGAAUGAUGUUGUUUCAAGUGUACUCCAAAAUGUUCCACUUAUGUUGAGAAAAAAACAAAUUCAUGUGGAGGAAGUUCGCUUGGAUGGACAGAAAGUGGAAAAAGAAGCAGACGUGGAAUCUCUCGGUUCACCGUGUACCAUUGAGGUCAGUGGAUUCAAGGACACAACAUCCAAGGACAGUGUGGAGUUUUAUUUUGACAACAAGAGGUCAGGAGGUGGAGGUGUGGAAGAGGUCAAAGGUGAAGUGGAAGACGGAGUACUGCUUAUCACUUUUGACAAUGAAGAAACUGUCAAAAGAGUACUUGAAAAAACCCACAAGCUAGAUGGGGUGGAAUUGAAAGUAAGGCAGUACCAACCCCCAAAGCCAAUACCCAUGUACCCAAACAGGGUCCUUGUUAAAGGGCUCAACCCUGAAACAUCAGAGGAUGGAAUCAGAAACUAUCUUGAGGCCAAGUCUGGAGAGGAUGUGAAAGAUGUAACCUAUGGACAGGAGGAAGGGACAGUGUUGGUCACAUUUGAAGAGCUCAAAGAUUUCACAAAGCUGGAGGCAGCAUGUCAAAAGAAGCCAUUAGAAAAACGGUUCCUGACUGUGAAAAGAGUUCCCCUCUCAAACUGUAUCAUCGUGUCUGGAUUUUCUGAGGGCAUCUCUGACAGCACCCUGGAAUUCUAUUUUGAAAAUGAGAAAAGAAGUGGAGGGGGAACUGUGACCGAUAUCAAGGUUAAUCAUGAGGACUGUACAUGUCUAGUGUACUUUGAAGAUCACACAGUUUGUGACAAGGUCUGCAAAAGAAGCCAUAUAGUUGAAAAGCAGAAUUUGACUGUACAGAUAUAUCAUGAAUGCUUGGGACAGCCAUUUAAUCCUGAUGAGGGACCCAGAUUCAAAUGCCCUAGCCCUCUUGUUCUAAGGGAACUCAAUCUAAGAAAGAUGAAGUUCAUAUACAAAUCUGAGGAGUUCAAAACUGCUCUAGACAAACAAGCUGAGAUGGCCCAUGGCAAGAUAAAAUGGCCACAAAAACCAGCUACAGAGUUAACAGUGGAAUGUUUGCUUACAAAAACUGUCAAAGAUAGUAAAAAUCUGGCAAAGACUUGGGAGACACACAUGAAAGAUGGCCUGAUGAGAAUGCUAGAUGUUCUCCAUGUGGAAGAAAUAAGUGUUUUGCAAGAACUUUGGCAAGGGGUUAUGGACUGGAUUAAGCAAGUUAACGUAUCUGAUCCCCAGAAAGUUGCUAUAGUAUUAGAAAAGGGCAGCUUCACAGUUGUUCUUGUGGGCUAUGGAAAAGUUGUGGAACCUUUGAAGAAAGACCUCAAACAAAUGAUCUCCAACAUGGAAGAAGAAAUCCAGAGGAAAAAACAGCAGCUUAUUGAAUCCAAGACUCUCAGACAUUCUGAGUUUUUACUUUUAAGUUUUGACCAUUUCAAAGAAGGAAUAGAGAAGAAAUUCCCUGGAUUAAAAGUUACAACCAGUUUAAAAGACAGAAAAAUUACCUUUGAAGGUCAAUAUGGAGAUGUUACAGAAGCAAAGAUUUCUCUUCUUGAAAGGUGUCAUCAAAUCUGUGAAGCAUCUGCAGGAAUGUUUUCCAAAUAUAGACGAGAUUAUCUGUCAAAAAAGGAAGUUAAAACCCGUGUUUCAAAGAUGCUGAAAGAGAAAGAUAAUAUGAGCUGUUUUGAAUUCAAGGGAGAUGAGGUUUGUCUGUUUGCUUUUUCUGAUGACAAAGCGGUUGAAGCUGCACAUCUUUUGAAGAACGAAAUUGCGGAGUCUCCUAUUGAAGUUCCCCCAGAGUCUGCCUAUCUGCUUAAUUCAAACGAAUGGGAAAAGCAAGCAAAACAAAUUGAGUCAAUGGAACAAUUUGAAAGUCUCCUCCAAUUGAUUACUCUCUCUGACCAUAAAAAGAUCAUCAUUGUCACAUUCUGUAAUCUGGUUGGUCUAGCUAGAGAGUUUGUUGAAGACUUUCUUCAGGCCAACACAAUCAUCUCUGAUUCAAAGAAUGUACCACCAGGUUAUUUUAAGUAUCUGGAGGCCCAUCAUAAGGACAAAUGUCAAGAAAUUUCCAAAAGACUGAGAGAAAAGCAGGUUCAAGUAACAAUGAACCCAUACAAGUUCUCUGUAAAGGGAACAAGAGCAGGAGUAGCUGAAGCCAUGAGGAAUCUUGAUGAGAUAUUAAAGAAGAUCCAGUCAAAGAAACAUAUCUUGCAAAAGCCAGGUAUUGGUAAGUACUUGAAAAGUGACAAUGGAAAAAGCACCAUAAGGAAGAUUGAAAGACAAAACAAAUGUUACAUCCAUAUUGGUGAGGAAGAUCCAACUGUGACAGCUAUUGCUCACCAGCCUGCUUCAUUCAAUGGCGUCAUGGCUGAGUACAAGACAAAGUCUGGGACCUUUAUUAAAGUGCAUGAAGGGGAUCUGACUGCUCUUCCAGUGGAUGUUAUUGUCAAUGGUGCAAACUCAGACCUUUUGCAUGGAGGAGGCUUGGCAGCAAUCCUUGUGAAAAAAGGUGGAAUCGAAAUCCAGAAAGAAUGUACCGAGCAUGUCCAAAGAAAUGGAAAGCUAACAGAAGGAGAAAUUUAUUGCUCACAACCUGGAACUUUGUCUUGUAAAAUGAUUGUACAUGCUUGUGGUCCCACUUGGAAAGGUGGAACAAAUAAAGAAAAAAGUCGUCUAAUGGAUUGUAUCCAAGCAGCUCUGGAGGAAACAGAGAAGAGAGGCUACAGAUCAAUUGCAGUGCCUGCCUUGUGCACAGGGAUCUUUGGCUUCCCAAUAAAAGAAGCUACGCUUGAGAUAGUCAAAGCUGUGAAAUCCUUCUUGAAGGAUAAGAAGGAUUCCAAAAUUAAAGAGGUUUUCCUGUGUGAUGUUAAGACAAACACUGUUCAGUGUUUCACAGAAGCUCUACAGCAGACAUACAAAGGAAAGGUAAAAGUCUUCUCUAGGAACAUCCACCAAGCUAGUGGGCCUGCACAAAAUCUUCAGGGAGAUGGGGCCAAAGGACCUGCAGCUAGUCAAGAUGUAGAAUUCCAAGCUGGGCCUAUAUCUGUCAAAUUAAUCAAAGGACCAAUAGCCAAGUCUAAGGUAGAUGUGAUAGUCAACACUGCAUCAAAGGAUUUAAAUCUGAGCUAUGGAGCUGUAUCAGCAUCCAUUUCUAAAUUAGGGGGAGACAGCAUUCAGCAGGAGUGUAAGACUAAAUACCCAGAAGGCAUCAGCUUUGGAGAGAUAGCAAUUACUGGUGGAGGAAAGUUAGGCUGUAAAAUUGUCUGUCAUGGAGCUCUUCCACAAUGGGACAAGGGAACAGGGGACUCAAAAAAUGUUUUGCAAACGUUUCUGAAAUCUUGUUUGGAAGAGUCUAAAAAACAAAAUCUGAGCAGCAUUGCUUUCCCUGCCAUGGGAACCGGUAACCUAGGUUACCCUCGGGAUAUGGUGGCAGAAGAAAUGUGCAAUUCUGUCCUUGACUUCUCUAAAGGAAACCCCAAAACCAGCUUGAAACAAGUGUUGUUUGUUGUUUAUGAAAAGGAUACACAAACAAUCCAGGCAUUUGAGACUGAGAUACAAAAGCAGGCAAUGAAAACUCAACACAAGAGAGGAGGAAAGCGCCAUGGCACUCCAAACAAGCCUAAAGAGGAUGACGGUUUUGUUGUGAUACCAGAAGAAGCUACAAGUGGGGCCAGCCAGAAAGAAGUUGCAGUAGAUAUGGGAAAUUUAAAGCUUCGCAUGUAUCAAGGGGACAUUACUCUGGCAGAUGUUGAUGCCAUUGUUAAUGGCACGAACAAUACUAUGGAUUUAAGUAAAGGUGGAGUUUCACUAGCCAUUAAAGCCAAACUUGGUGAGCAGCUGCAGAGACAAAUUGAAUUUAAAAAGUCAGAUAUGAAGAACAAUGGCUUAGCAGUAACAGAGAAUGGUGACAAGUCCCCGAUUCCAUCAAAAUUCAUCAUCCAUGUUGAUAUAAGUGGAGGACAUUACAAGAAGAAAAUCCUUGAAGCAUUGAACAAAGUGGAAGAACUAAAAUUGAAAACAGUAGCCAUCCCAGCAAUAGGAACAGGCAACCUUUAUCAGCAGCAAACAGUAGAAGAAUUUGCUGAACAAGUCUUCAGUGCCCUAAACAAAAUGUACUCCAAUGUCAAACACCUUUCUGAAGUUCAUGUCGUUAUCUUUGAUCAUCAAAUGGCUCAACAGUUCAUCAUGGCCAUGCAGCAGUGCUUUCAGUCCCAAGAUUCUAAACCAAAGGGAUGGCUGAUGGAGAAGCUUGCAAAUUACAUGCCAAAAGCUGUUGGUGGUGGCAAGCCUCAUGGUCACCAUUGGAACCCAGUGGUUGAUGACAAAGAUGCCUCUAAAGCCACCAUUAUUGUUUAUGGAGAAAGCCAAGAUAUUGAUACAGGAAUUAACAGACUUGAAAAUUUAUUGGAAGGCGAUUUUGAUAGAAAAGAAUUCAAAGAUGAAAUUAUUCCAAGGCUAUCUAAAACUCAGAUGAAGGCUUUGCUUGAUUUAAAAGAUAGAUUCCAUAUAGAUAUAAACAUUGACAAAGAUAGAGGUAUGGCUAUCCUUCAUGGAACAAAAGAUGAGAUCAGUGCAGCAUCUGAUGCCUAUCAUAAAAUUAUACGAGAUGCUGAGCGCAACAUACAGGAGGGUCUCCAGGCAAAACUCAUCUCGGACUAUGUUCAGUGGUAUUAUGUGGAUAAUGCAGAUGGCAAAAAUGAACUGAUAGAGUACCCAGGUAAUAUAAAUCUAAUCAUUGAGAAAGCCUAUCGCAACCAGGACAAAGAAGCUAAAUUCACUGAUGAUGGAGGAACAGAGUACGCCAUCAACUUCAACAACAUGGAGGAAUACCCUACUGUUGAUAAGUCUGAUGUUACCACUGUGACCAGGAGAGAUAAAAUCAAGGCAUCUACCUUUGAGCCUCCAUCAGAAUGGUCAGCUAUGAAGGACUCUGACAACCUGGUUGUGGUCCAGGUGAACUCAGGCAGCCCGGAAUAUUCCAGUGUAAUUGACAGAUUCCAGGCACAAGCAGGCAAAAAAGAAAUAGUUAAGUUGGAAAGAAUACAAAACAAAAUGUUGUACCAGCAAUAUGUUGCCAAAAAGAAGUUGCUGGAAUCCCAGAAUCCUAAAGGAACUCAGAAUGAAAGGGAACUCUGGCAUGGUACUGCACCUGAAGCUGUGAGCAGCAUUAACUCCCUUGGUUUCAACAGGAGCUAUUGUGGCAAAAAUGCCACAGCAUUUGGAGAAGGAGUAUAUUUUGCUGUAAAUGCUAGCUACUCAGCUCAAACAACAUACUCUCGACCAGAUGGCCAAGGGCACAGGAGAAUGUACCUGUGUAAAGUCCUCACCGGGGAAUACACGGUGGGAAAGGGUGGAAUGAGGGUACCACCUCAAAAACCAGGACAGCAGUCCCACAUUCUGUAUGAUUCUGUGGUUAACGAUCCCAAUAACCUUGUUAUGUUUAUCAUUUUCAAUGACACUCAAGGCUAUCCAUCCUACCUUAUUACUUUUAAAUAGAUACAUGGACAUCAACAGCACACAAGAGAUGUUUUUCAUAUUUAUAGUGCUUAAAUAUGUUUUCUUCUUUCCUUGUUGGUUUUGACUUUGUAAAUAUUUUCUGCAAUUCCUUUCAAAAUGUCAUCAUGUAAGGUUUGGUAGAACAUUUCUACUGGUAAACUUUUGCUUGUUAGUAUGGUCAAGACCUUGUAAGUUAAUAAAUUGAAAGAACAUGUUUCUGAACCUUUUGUAUACAUGUACUAUACUAUAAAGAAGUACGUUUGAAUCAAUUCUACAGUACUUUGCAAUGAGAUGCUUUUACUCUAGAAGUAAUAAGUAAAAAAUUGUUUAAUUUAAAUAAUUAAAUAAUUGUUGAUUUUUUAAAUACAUGUAAUGAAUUUUUAUUAUAUAACCAUAUUUGGUUCCCAGCAUUAAAAAUAGCAAUCUUAUUACCAAAGUGCAAAAAAAAAAAACACAAAAAAAACCUUACAUUCUAUCUUCUUCUCUGCAAAUUAAAGCUUUUAGGGAAACUGCAUGAACUGUGCACUGUUUUUAGUCAAAAUGUACUCAAUUUUAAAAUAUUAAUCAUGAACAGCACAUAUUCAUUAUCUUUAUUGAGUACAGGUACUUGUGUUGUAGCCUUCUCAACUGCAAUGCUCAGUCUUUUCGAUGGCUACCCUGUGUUACUCCAUCAAUUGGUUUUGGCGGACCCAACGUUCCACUAAAAAAAUGCUCUGGUCUAAUGUUAUAACCCUAUAGAUAAUGAAUAAGAGUAAUAUGAAUUUCAAAAUUAGAUAAAAGAACCAUGAAUACAAAAGCUUAUUUAUAAAAGAACUGUUUUCAUGCUCUAUAUAGUGCAAUCUUUUUAUAAUUGUCAUACAUACAUUGUGUGCCAUAAUUAAACAAAUAAAAAUUUUCUAUAAUAAUUUG